AGAUCUUUUAAAACCCUACAACUUUUGUCUGAAACAUUUUUCUUUAAAAUGUCGCGUUUACGAAAAAAUCGGGUGGGACGGGUGGUCUGGGUCACCCGGUAUAAUUUAUAUGUUUCACAAUAUAGCAAUAUGUUACCAUUUUACUACAAACGCAUAACUGCAAUUAUAUAUGAAAUAUUUCCAGUAAAAAAUUAUGUUUUAUUUGUAUUAUUUGUGAGAACAAUAAUUGAGCAAUUUAUUCGAUGUAUGUUAAUUUAACAUUAUGUAGUUGUAAUGUAUAUAUGAGAUAGUUGCAUUUUUAUGCUGCAUUAAAUAUGCAUAUUAUCAUUCAAAGUACACAACAUUUUGUUGAAAUAAAACGAUGCGAAUCAUCAUUUAAAUGACCCUGAAAUUCUAAUUGCACGUAAAAAAAAUUUCAACGGUCCGACAUAUUCAUCCGAAUUUGAGCAAUAUAAAACUAUUGAAGUAAAAAAUACAGUUUUUAGUACUUCAUUGAGAAAUAAUUGUUGCAUGUUAGACGAUUUGUCAAUAUGUAUAAUUAUUAAUAUUAAAAAAAAAAUGAUACCAUAAUGUUUGCAAUAAAAAAAUUUAAAAAUACAACUAGUUUUUUUAAUAUUGGAAUACCUUCAGAAAUUGAUUUUUUUCAAUGUAGUAAUUUAACUGAUGAAAUAUUUUUUGUGUCACUCCAAGAGGUUAAAUCUAAGUGCCUUCGAAUGCCUUUGCAAUUAGUAAAUACUGAAACAAACAGUAAUACUGCCAUUUUUCCUAAUAACAUAAAUUAUAACGAUGACAUUCUCCUUCAAUCAAAGCAAUAUGUUGUAUGUACAAUGCAACAUUUUUUCUGAUGGAUAAAAUUUAUUAAAUUCAAAAUUUUUAAAUAUAUUUUGUCUUUAUAUUGUCAGACAUGGUCACUUUUCUUAUUUUUUUAAAAACAAGUAACUUUGUCUCACUUUAGAAAAAAAAGGUUCCAUGUAUUAUGUUUCUUACUUGUUUUCCGAAAUUUUUUAUUGACUUUUACUUUGGGAUUAAUAUUUUCAAUCUCAUAAAUUUAUUAUAAGACAGUACAUAAUAUAAUUAGUACAUAAAUAUUUCAUUUUUAACAUACAAUUUUCCAAGAAAACUUACCUUUUUUACUCUUUUUUUUUUUAGAUAAACUUACUAUUCUCAUUUAUUUUUUAACCAUAAAACUCGCUUUUCUCACAAUUUUUGAGCAACUGACUUGCGCCCAUGUCUGUAUUUUGAUUAAUUUGUAUGUUUAUUUUCAAUUUAUUUGUAAUAUUUUUAAUUCUGAUCUAUUGGCCUUUUAUUACUCUAAAUCUAAUUAGGAAUAGCAUUACAUUAGCAAUGAAACCACCAAAAAGAGGAAUAACAAAAUCUGCGAGAUAUCAAACUACAGAAUCCUCAGAUGAUGGUGAAAAUGUAACUAUAGAGAAAUACGAUUUAACCAAAGACGAAGUUCACAAUGAGGUGGAAAGUGAUGUACUAGCACAAAGUCAAGUUUUCGUUGAGACACAGCAUGUACUGAAUAAAAAAGAUGAUGAAAAUAACUCACUUCUUUUAAAUCGUAAUCAAUUACCAAACAAUAAAUCAUCUAUUCGAUCUCACGUGAUAUUAGACCUUCCACUCGAAAAUUUAAAAGCUUCAUCAUGUCUAGUUAUCACAAUGAACCAACGAGUGAGGCCCGAUUGCGCACAUAAACUAUCGGACACAAGAGCAUUUCCCAAUCGGACACGGAUCCGAUCGGACACGGAUCCUAUUGCACACGGAUCCGAUCGGACACGGACUCGAUCGGACACGGACCUGAUCGGACACGGACCCGUUUGGACACAAACCCGAUCGGACACAGUAAUAAACGGACACAUAUCGUUACAAUCGGACACGGACUCGAUUGCCCACAGACCCGAUUGCACACGGACCCGAUUGCCCACAGACCCGAUUGCACACGGAUUCGAUUGUACACAGACCCGAUUGCAUACGACUCGAUUGCACACCGACCCGAUUGCGCACCGAUCCUAUUGCUCACCGACCCGAUUGCGCACGACCCGAUUGCCCCCCGACUCGAUUGCGCACCGACCCGAUUGCGCACGAACCCGAUUGCACACGGACCCGAUUGCACACGGAUCCGAUUCUACACGAAAAAAAAAAUAUUUUAAGAACAGAAAUAUCGUCUGACGAAAAUACAGUUAAGAAAUAAUGUAAAUAUAAAAUUUUUUGGUGUAUGUACUUUAAGUAUCCAAGAUGAUUCAUGUGACGCUUUAGUGCGAAUAUCAGCUGUUUUGUUAAUAAACGAAAAAUAUUUAUCUCUUACAACAAAAGUAAGUUCAGAAUGAAUCGCAAUGAAGCUUUGCACAUAUCAUCCUGAAUAUUUAAAGUAUAUAAAUGUUUACACACAAAAAUUGAAACCUUUAUAUGUUUUUAAACAACUUAAUUUGUAAUAACAAAGCAAAAUAAAUCGUAAAAAAGUAUUAUUAAAAAAAAAUAUUCGUCGUUUUUUACAUAAUGCAAUAUAAUUUAUUUAAAAUAUAAACGGAUUAAUACAUUCAUUUUAUCAUGAGAUACAUGUUUCAAACAAUAAUUGUUCGAAACUACACAUUGCAUUGACGGGAAAGCCAUUACAACAAUGACUUAACGACAGAUCUGUUCGAGCGGCAUACAUUUUUCCUGAAUAAUGUGACAUACGCCUUCGAGGAUGAAAAAAAGAUCACAAUAGCUUUUAUUAUGUUUAUUCGACCUAAUUAGCUUUAUUUUGUGAUCAUGUUCAUUUACAAUUCAUCAAUCAAAAUAGUUAGAAGAUAUGAAGAGUAGCAUUCAUAUGUUGCAAUGUAUGUUAUAUUAUUUACAUCAUUUACAUGAAAGCAACAAAUCGAAUAUAAAUCAAAUGUUUUCGUAAAAUUCACAUUUUUAUUAUGUGGUUCUAACAUUUAUUUCUUUAAUAAAACCAAGGGACGUAACCUCAUAACCUUACACCUGUCAAACUCCAUGAAAAAGAGCGAGAGUGAAUCAUACAUGAACAUUAGGUGAAAGCUCUCAAUGUUAAUAACAUUGUUAUAUUGCUUCUAUCUAAUGUUUAUGUAUAAUUCACUCUCGCUCUUUUUCAUGUAGUUUGACAGGUGUAAGGUUAUGAAGUUAUGUCCCUUGGUUUAAUUAAUGAAAUAAAUGUUAGAACCACAUAAAAGAAAUGUGAAUUUUAUGAAAACGUUUGAUUCAUAUUCAAUUUGUUGCUUUCAUGAUCCAGGUGUAAAUGAUGUAAAUAAUAUAACAUACAUUGCAACAUAUGAAUGCUACUCUUCAUAUCUUCUAACUAUUUUGAUUGAUGAAUUGUAAAUGAACAUGAUCACAAAAUAAAGCUAAUUAGGUCGAAUAAACAUAAUAAAAGCUAUUGUGAUCUUUUUUCAUCCUCGAAGGCGUAUGUCACAUUAUUCAGGAAAAAUGUAUGCCGCUCGGACAGAUCUGUCGUUAAGUCAUUGUUGUAAUGGCUUUCCCGUCAAUGCAAUGUGUAGUUUCGAACAAUUAUUGUUUGAAACAUGUAUCUCAUGAUAAAAUGAAUGUAUUAAUCCGUUUAUAUUUUAAAUAAAUUAUAUUGUAUUAUGUAAAAAACGACGAAUAUUUUUUUUAAUAAUACUUUUUUACGAUUUAUUUUGCUUUGUUAUUACAAAUUAAGUUGUUUAAAAACAUAUAAAGGUUUCAAUUUUUCUGUGUAAACAUUUAUAUACUUUAAAUAUUCAGGAUGAUGUGUGCAAAGCUUCAUUGCGAUUCAUUCUGAACUUACUUUUGUUGUAAAAGAUAAAUAUUUUUCGUUUAUUAACAGCUGAUAUUCGCACUAAAGCGUCACAUGAAUCAUCUUGGAUACUUAAAGUACAUACACCAAAAAAUUUUAUAUUUACAUUAUUUCUUAACUGUAUUUUCGUCAGACGAUAUUUCUGUUCUUAAAAUAUUUUUUUUUUUCGUGUAGAAUCGGAUCCGUGUGCAAUCGGGUCCGUGCGCAAUCGGGUUCGUGCGCAAUCGGGUCGGUGCGCAAUCGAGUCGGGGGGUAUAGAUGUUCUGCGUAUCUAUAAAAAUAGCUCGAGCUUAUUACUACGUCUGGAGGAUGUUUGAGGAAGAAACGACGCAAUAUAUGAACGUUUAACAAGAAUAGGAACUCUUUUAAUAAUCUUUCUGAUACUCAGUACAAUAUGGCACGUGGUAAGUGAAUGGUUCGACUCGUAACUCGUAACUGUCUUUUUCUCUCUCUCUGGUGUUCAUAAAAGCAUUCAAUCCGGCUUGUCCAAUAGGCGUACGCCACAGGGGCAAUCAGGUCGUGCGCAAUCGGAUCGGUGAGCAAUAGGAUCGGUGGGCGAUUGGGUCGGUGCGCAAUAGGGUCGGUGCGCAAUCGGGUCGGUUUGCAAUCGGGUCGUGUGCAAUCGGGUCUGUGUGCAAUCGAGUCCGUGUGCAAUCGGAUCUGUGGAUAAUCGGGUCCGUGUGCAAUCGGGUCUGUGGGCAAUCGAGUCCGUGCGCAAUCGGUUCCGUGUUCGAUUGAAACGAUGUGUGUCCGAUUAUUACUGUGUCCGAUCGGGUUUGUGUCCAAACGGGUCCGUGUCCGAUCAGGUCCGUGUCCGAUCGAGUCCGUGUCCGAUCGGAUCCGUGUGCAAUAGGAUCCGUGUCCGAUCGGGUCCGUGUCCGAUUGGGAAAUGCUCUUGUGUCCGAUAGUUUAUGUGCGCAAUCGGGACAGUCCCGAACCAACAAUCUCAAAGCAACAUGAUAUGUCUCAUUUCAAUGUAUUGUACAAUCCUGUGGCCUCAACGUCUUCAACGGUAAUUUCUAAUGCUCAAUAUGAACCAACAAACUCAAGCUUGGUAUUUCAUCAAUCAGAAACAUACAAAGAAGAUGAACUUUGUACUAAAAAAGUAUUGAUAACCAACACUAUGAUUACUUGAGCAAUAAACUGGCAGAAACCACAUUAAAAACUUAUAAACGAAAUAAUACACCAAAGUUACAUUUGUACAAUAAAUUACAAACAGGCAAUGAAAAUGUACCUGAAAAAAUAUAUUACAAUUUGGAUGCCAAAAAACUUGUGGACAAACGAACAAAAACAGAAGUUAAUGUUCAUUCUCCAGUAUAUACUCCAGCAGAAAAAAAAGAUAUUGAAUUUACCUCACCUAUAGCUGAAGAUUUUCGUCGGUUAUAUAAAUGGAUGGAUACAAGAUUUGCAAAUAUCGAAGAAAUUAUACGAAAUUCUUUAAAAUCACAAAAGAAGGAAAAAUGUUGGUCCAAACCUUCAUUUCUUCCUUUUACAAGUGAAGAAAUUUUGCAAUUUGAUAAUGUAAAAGAGUCAAUUUAUAACGAAGUUGUUUGUUAUUUAUAAUAUAUUGGAGGAUUUUCAUUAAAAGAAGCAUUAAAUUUAUGCUUAAAAGAAACGGUCGAAGACGAAGUUAUGUCUUCUUUUACUUUCUAUGACAAUAAAGAAGAAGGAAUUUAUUCAUUUUUUAAAACAAAACUUUGCUCAGCCAUUUAAGAAGCACUCUCCGAGAAUAAACAUUUUCAGAUACAAAGUGGUACGUAGUUCCGUCACGAUAUGAUUGAAGCCAUUCGUAACGCUAAACAACAUAAAAGAAAUACAAUCAAUAAAAAGGAAAAUAGAGGGAAACGUUAUAUCAGAGAAGAAGAAAUGCAAAGAAUUUUUAUGCAGCGUCAACAAAAGCAUUUGCGAAAAGAGUAAUAAUAUAGAAAAGUCAAGAGAAAUGAUAUAGAAAAAAGGAGAAAAAGAAUUAAAUUAUCGAAGAAAGUUUAAAUUUUGUUACACAAGUAUUAUUUUAAAGAUUUAUUUUAUUUGUUUCUUAUGUAAUUUUUAUAUUAAUAUUAAUUUUUAUAUCUUAAAAAUUUUAUUUCUUUUAAAUUUAAGUGUAACUUAAGUGUGUUUCAAUAAUAAUUUCAAUAAUUUUAACAAUAUCAAAAGAUUUUUUACAUAGCAUUUAUAAUGGAAACAUUUUUUCUUGCAUCGCCUAUUAUUUUUUUAUUAUACACUAAGUAUAUUACAAAUUUGUCUAUUAUAUAUUUUAUAGAAUGUUUGUUAGAUUUUCAUGCAAGGAAAUAUUAAACCUUAUUGUAAAAUUCAAUAAAUUAUCUUAAUAAAAAAA